GAGCUCAAAAGGCUGCAGCGUACCUUGGAGCAAGUUGGUGAUGGAAAAUAUUUACUUGAAAACCAUCAGCUUGCUAUGGAUGUGGAGAAUAAUAUUGAGAAAUAUCACAUUAAUUUACAGCCCUUGGAAUCAAAAGUGAAAAUCAUCCAGAGAGCAUGGCGAGAAUAUCUACAGCGUCAAGAUAUACAGAACCAGGACCAAUUGGAGAAGCGCAGCCCAUCACCACCUUCCGUAUCCUCUGACAAGCUGAGCAGUUCCAUCAGCAUGAACACCUUUUCAGAUGGCAGCACUCCUGAUGGCAUGGAUUUAGGCAGCGACUCCUGCAGCAGCCGCUCCAGCUCGGCAUCCAGUUCCAGCAAAGUGACCCCUUGCUCGGAAUGCAAAUCUUCCCCUUCGCCUACCAGCCUGGACUUGGCUGUUUUGGAGGACUCCGAGGAGGAGGAGGAGGAGGAAGGUGACGAAGACGACUUCCAGGGUUACCCCAAGAGGAAGGAGAUUGAUGUGUGGGUGGAGGACGGGAGCUAUGCCGCCUGCUAUGCCAAAACCGCCCUUGCCAGGAGGAGUUUAGUCCAGCAGCUGGAGGGAGAGCGGGGCACCAGCCUGGCCAUGCCCGCCUUGCCCCCGCCGGCACCCAACGGCAACCCCCCUCCUCCUCAUCAUCAGCAGCAGCAUCACUACCAGCCCCCGCAGCACGACCCGAGCCACCAGCCCCUGCCUCACCGACACCAUCGCCCCCACCCCUUGGACCUCCGGCACAAUGCCAACGUGGUGCCCCCGGGCCGCAGGACUGGACCCAAACGGGGCGGCGGAGGUUACAGGAAAGCCCCUCACCUCCAGAAAGCCCAGCCGCCGCCGGGGAGCACGGGGGCGGCGGCAGGGGGGGCCCGGCUCAGCAAUGGGGGCCCGCCGGUGACCUUCCACCCCUUAGAGAACUCCUCCUCGGGCUUGAAAGAGCCGGAGCCUCAGCUGCCCACUAUGGACUGGGAAGCGCUGGAGAGGCACCUGGCUGGGUUACAGUGUCAAGAGCAAGAGAUCCGGAGCCAGAAGGGUAGCUACACCUCCGCUCAAAAAAAUGAGAGGGAGUCUAUCAGACAGAAACUGGCCCUUGGAAGUUUCUUUGAUGAUGGCCCAGGAAUUUAUACCAGCUGUAGUAAAAGUGGCAAGCCAAGCCUUUCUUCUCGGUUACAAAGUGGGAUGAAUUUGCAGAUUUGUUUUGUAAAUGACAGUGGCAGUGACAAAGACAGUGAUGCUGAUGACAGCAAGACAGAAACAAGUCUGGAUACACCCUUGUCCCCCAUGAGCAAGCAAAGCUCUUCCUACUCUGACAGAGACACUACUGAGGAGGAAUCUGAAUCCCUGGAUGACAUGGACUUUCUCACAAGACAAAAGAAACUUCAAGCUGAAGCCAAAAUGGCCUUGGCGAUGGCAAAACCAAUGGCCAAAAUGCAAGUCGAAGUGGAAAAACAGAACAGGAAAAAAUCUCCAGUAGCUGAUCUUCUGCCACAUAUGCCUCAUAUAAGUGAAUGUUUGAUGAAAAGAAGCUUAAAACCCACAGACCUGAGAGAUAUGACAAUUGGCCAGCUACAAGUGAUUGUCAAUGAUCUGCAUUCACAGAUAGAAAGCUUGAAUGAAGAAUUGGUGCAGCUGCUGCUUAUUCGAGAUGAAUUGCACACAGAACAGGAUGCCAUGCUGGUAGACAUUGAGGACUUGACUAGUGCGGCCCCCUAUCAAUACCAUGAUAAUUUAGCACCAUUGCUGCAGACAAGACACGCUGAAAGUCAGCAGAAGCACAUGGCAGAGAAAAUGCCAGCAAAAUAAAAGGAAAAGCCAUUGGACAAAAGAACCAGCUAGAACAUUUUGCUUCUGUGGUUGUACAAACGCUGAUGCUCCACGCGUGGCGCACAAGAAAAUCAGUGUCGGUCAUUGAUUCCAGGUGCAAUCUGCCAAGCACGAGGAACCCUGCACGAGCCCCCCCUUGAAACAAAAUGGUGGAUGCACUGCCACAGUGCUUGGUAACUUGUUCCUGAUGUCUGAAGCUUUAUGUCCAGUGAUUGGCCUAUGCUUUUUAAUUUAUUUGCUGUUGAGGGGUUUUGGGGGGGUUUUUUUACUUGUGCCACUAAAUAUUGGACAGUUCAAUAAUCUUAUUGUAGAACAAAAUGUACAGUACUUAUAAACAUUGCAAACAUGAAAGAAGAAAAAAGAGGAUAGUUUAACUUUUAUUUUUGUUUAUUUAGAGAAUUUUAAGUUAAACAGUAUUUUACCAUUGACUACUUAACUAUUGUUUAACCGUAGUUUUAAAAAAAUGAGACUGUAAUUUGACGGUGCUAUACAAGUAAAGAGAAGAACAUACAUGCCUGCCUCGUAGUGAAGUCGUAGCUUUCAGUAAUAUGUAUAUUUUAAUCAGUUUUCAACAUUUUGUGAAUGUUGACUACCUGACAUUCAUUUUUAGAUGUGCUAUUAACAAACAUGCGGUUGGGUGGAAAGAAGCUACCUUGAAAGUUUUAUGUAUAAAUAUGUAAAAUAAAAAUUAAAAAUUUC